AUGUCGAGCCACGUCCGGGCCGCAGAUGCGACAAUUGGCGCGGGGAGGAAGCGGAAGGACCGUGACCAGUCCGACUUCCCUCGCGCCGAAUCUCCUGCUUGGUCCGAUCGUUCUCGGCCGGCGCCGGCUCGCGACAACCGGCUCCUUGCUGGGUGCCUGGCGCACGAGUUUCUCACGAGGGGGACCCUCUUGGGGAAGCGGUGGGACGCGAACGGGUCCGAGCCCAAUAACAAAUUCGCGGGCCCGAUUCUGUCGGGUUCGGGCGCGGAGCCGCCGAGCUCGUACGCCGAGGUGUCCUAUUUGCUGAAAGCGGAGGGGGCUCGCAUUCCUGGCGUGGUCAAUCCGUCCCAACUCGCUCGUUGGCUUCGGAUGUGA